UUCCUCAGUUUCUAAGAAAUUGGCUGUAGUGGAACAGCAGGGGAUGGCUAAAUUAUUGGCCAAAAAAAUGGAUAAAGCUCUUCAGGCUGCUAUGGUUGAACUGGGUCAGCAGAGCCCUCUUUGGGUUGAAGCUGCAAUUCUAAGAAAAGUGUAUCAUCGCAUCAGGCUAAAGUUACCUCUCGAUAAGUUCAUUCAAAGUUGCAAUAGGGUGAAUCGAUGUUUAUAUAAAUUAGCAGAAGUGAAAAUGAGUCACAAAUUGCACAUGUUGCAUGAAAAAAUCCUCCAGCAGGUUUAUACAGAAAAAAGACUUGAAGAAAGUGAACAUCAGAGUGAAUUAGGAAAACUUUUACUUGGUGUUCAAGAAGCAGCUUUCCUGUUGGCUGUCACUGCAACUCAUUGUACGGAAACAUUCUUACAUAUUUUGCAGCGACUCAGAGUAGGACAUCUCAUUCCCAACCUAAUAGUUGUGGCUGCAGCUGUAGCUAGAGUCAGUGUUUUAUGUAAAUCUCUUCUUUUCAAAUUUCGGGAUCUGUAUUCCCUGUCAUUGCAGCUUCUUCAUCAAAGGAAGGAAGAAUGGAUAAAUCAGAGUGAUGAUGAAAAAUUACCAGAUGAUUUGUGGACAUUUUUAGGACCUGAUUUACAGCCUAUAAUUCAUUCCUUAACAGGUUUAUCAGCUCCUGAUAAGAAAAACUUGAAAUUCCUUGAAAAGAUGUUUAAAGGAGAGCAUGAAAGUCCUGAUGAUGUUUAUGAAGAAGAUACAAAGAAAGGACUAAGUGAUGGAAAUAAUAAUGUGGAAGAAGAUUUUGGAGAACCAUUAUCCAGACAACAGUUCAGUAAUCCUUUAGUCCAGAAAAUUGUCCAGAAGAAAAAAACGGAUAGUAGCCAGUGUUUUAAUAGGUACCCUAUGGAUAAGCUAUUUGUUAGGGUUAAGACAUUUAAAUCUUUAUCUCGAGUCUGGAGGAAGCUUAGUAACUGUAAAUGCAUGAAGACUGGAUGCUUUGCUUUGUAUUUGAAUGAGGAUCAAACACGUAGAGGACGAAAAGUUAUAGGCCAUACAAAGAAAAGAAUCCAUCAGUUGAAACAGAACAAAAAAACUGAUGAAAUCACCAGAGUAAUUCAACUAGCUUCUUCAAAACUGCAAAAAAUUAUUUGUUUAGCUUUAAAAAAAGAUUAAUGUUUGAAUGAAAUAAUCUUCUUUGGAUUCUGUAUGACUAUGUAUGUUCUUAAAAGUUGUGAAAUUGAACACAGUUCCAUGUAAACUCUUAGAGUACUUUUUUUGAAAUUAUUGUAUUUAGCUCAUUAUUUCUGUCAAAAACUAUAAAUUAUACCAUUAAUUGCAAUGCCAUAUAGAACAAGAACAAAAACUAUAGCUUAUAGUACAGUGGAAGCUAAACAUGACACUAUCAUUAAAAGAAACUUCAGAAAAUGUACAGGUUCUAUUAUUCUAAGUAAUGUUGGUUAACAUUUCUAAACAAUAUAUGCUAAUAAAUUUUCGCCUAUUGUUUGUCUGUUAUUGAAAUUUUAUUUUUUAACCUAUUUACUUCAUAAUUCUAAAUUUGAAAAAAUGUAUUGGAUUUAUAGUAAUUCUUUUUCCUCGCUAUCUUUGUGAAAUUGAAAACAAUCUAAUACACCAGCAUACUCAAAAAAUAUAAAUGAACAAUUCUUAGUUCCCUUCAGUUAAAACUUUACACAUACUACUGUAAAUAUUACUAACUUUCAACCAGUAUGUGUUCCCUUUUGCCCAUGCUUGUCAUUAUUAUUAUGCAUACUUGUACGUACUGUUCAAGAACUAUUAUUUUUCUUAUUUACUUUAAUAUUUUUUAUUUUACUGUCACUGUGUGGUAAAUUCAAAUCUUCAUCAUCAAGGCUGUUAUCUGGAGUGUGUGUGUGUAUGUUUUAGUCUUUCAGAUUCCUCUCUGUAUCUCAGUAUCAACUUCACAUCUUUAUCAUCAGUUCUCUUGCAGUUCUUGUCUUCUCUCACUACUUUUGUUUCUUCUAUCACCCACAGAUGGCUCAUAAUGCUAAAGGUCAGGUUUCAGUACCUGCAAUAAGCAGGACACCGAUAACCCAUUGUGUACCUUUGUGCCUAACAACUAACAAAAUUUCCUCUAACGUUUUUUUUUCUAUAUAUUCAAACCUUCAAUACCACUAAUUUUCUUCGUCAUUUUCAUUUCUUUUUUUCUGUUUUAUUUUCACUGUACAUCAUAUACACUGUCUCAGAUAUUUUAUAUACAGUAUUUUCAAGUUGCAGAAGAGGUUAAUAUUAUUCAUUUAUUAUCAACCUUGUCACAUUCAUUCAAGAAGAUACUAGUAUUUUAAUAAAGGACUUCAGCAUUAUGUAA